AUGAUACUGAAUCGCCUAUACUGGCUCAUUGAGUCUCCUCUCUCGGAUCUCCUACCGAAUAACCAAUUUGGUUUUAGGAAGUUCAGAUCAUGUCAAGAUAACCUCACGGUUCUCGUCGCCAGCAUUCACUCUGGUUUCAUAUCUAAACAAGAUACUGUAGCCCUAUUCAUUGACAUUAAAUCUGCCUUCGAUAAUGUUCUCCCCCACAUCCUCAUUCAAGACCUCCAAAAAUUAGAGUUUCCUCCUCUCACGCUUUCCUUUAUCAACAACCUCAUCUCAUACCACACUAUCCAGUUUAUCAAUCAGGACUCUAUCUCCGAAUCGAGAGCCUCAUUCAAAGGUACUCCCCAAUUAGGCUCCGUCCUCAGUCCUACACUAUUUAAUCUUUAUUUACGCAUGAUUAAUGACACGCUCCACCCUGAUACAGAACUUUUACAGUUCGCGGACGACAUCGUGAUCUUCUCCUCCCUCAAAGACACGGCGUUGGCAGUUCACUCUGUUGAGCGCUCCCUUUAUGGGCUGGAAGAUUUCCUACGGAACCGUGGCUUGGAGAUAUCCUUGCCAAAAACUCAACUUAUGAUCUUCUCUAACAAAAGAUCCCCAGAUCCAAUGAGCUGGUCUAUUUUGUUUCAAGGGCACCUCAUCUCUCCUUCCUCCACCGUACGUUUUCUAGGGGUACUGCUAGAUUCCAAGCUAACUGGCAAGGCACAUAUGUUUUACGUCAUUAACAAAGGCAAACGCAUUCUCCAAAUCAUCUCCGCUUUCAGAGGCACCUGGUGGGGAGCCCAUCCUCACAUGUUAUUGACUAUAUACAGGGCCAUGCUGCGUGCGUCCAUAGAAUACUCUGCUCAGAUCUUUGGUACCAACAAUGAUAGCAGGUUGCAUCUCCUCCAAGUCAUUCAAAACCAAGCCAUUCGCCUUUGCUUUGGCUAUCGCAUUUCUACUCCUCUGAACGUUGUAUUUACGGAGUCGGUUGAACUUACACUUCCAUUCAGAUUCCGUCUCCUGACUUCGCGUUACUUCAUAAAGAUUAGCUCUGUGCGGGAUCACCCUGCCGUUAUCAAAUUACAUUUCCUCUGUGACCUUGCAAGGGCGCCUUCAGAUUGGACUACCUACGCGCGCAUUUCCCAACCGCUCUUAUCUUUCAGCGCAUCUGGUCGUAUCACUCCAUUAUGGACUGCUCAUUUACCUUACCCAACUAUCGACAUUCUUUUUCCUCUACAUCCAUCUCUCCCUCUUACAUCUCGCUCUCUCCUCCCCCCUCCUCUUCUUUCCUCCGAUCUCCCCGACUCAAUGCCUACCAUAAACGCUCAACCUCUUUUCACUCUCUUUGAUCAGGAAUUGGCAUGCCUCACGGCAGAAUCCACGACGUUUUUUACCGAUGGGUCGAAGGUGGAUCACGGCACAUGCGUUGGGGCUGCGGUUUUCUCCCCUCAGUUACAAGCGGAACUCAUGUUCAAGCUCUCCUCGUAUACUUCGAUAUUCUCUGCAGAAGCCUACGCCAUAUAUACCGUCAUAACUCUAUUGGUCGACCUACACCUACCUAGAGUUACUGUCAUUACCGACUCAAAAAGCGUCCUUGAGUCCAUUAGGGGAUCUCACAACUAUACCAAUAAUUACCUUAUCCCCCUUAUCAAAUCCGUACUCGAAGAAGCCGAAACGAAAGGUACUAGUAUUCAAUUCAUUUGGGUACCCUCUCACAGAGGCAUUGAGGGCAAUGAAAGGGCGGACCAACUGGCUAAACGUGCAAUCAGACAAGGCAUUGAACCUAAUUUUAAAGUGCCUUACUCCGAUCUCAGCGCGGUUAUUAAACAACAAACUCUUGAUAACUUCUACCUAUAUCUUGAAUCCAUGGCGGACAUUUAA